AUGCAGGUCGAUAUUCCCGUUGUGAGGAUUAUACUCUAUUGUAUACUGCUGUUCUUCACAUUCGUCCUAUUCUGCCUCUCAGCCGCCAGGCUAAAUUAUACAAACCACCUACCCCCCCAUGACCCUCUGAAUAACGGUCGCAGCUUUUCGGAUCCCGUUGUCGUAGAGAUUCUCUUCACAACCUUGAUAACCAUGCCUUGGGCGGUAUUUGUUGGAUACUCAAUACACAAACGAUACGAAUAUAAAUCUUUCACUACCUUCCUUGUGGAGAUUGUUGGGCUUAGUGUUUUGUGGAUAUUCUGGAUCGCUGGGGCAGCCACAGCUUCGGGUCCUUGGGGAAAUUUGUCGUUUUGUCAACAAUUUGAGGCAUGCCGUGUGCUCUCUGCCCUAGUCGCAUUUGCUUGGCUCGGGUGGAUCACCAUCACUGUCCUCCUUGGACUCAGUCUUCUCUUUAGUCUCGCCAACAAAUCCCUUUUCGAACCCUUUCACGGCAGAUGGAAUCCACGACAAAGCCAGUAUGGCGAUAACGUCUCCCGUAUAUAA